AUGACCGAAAACACUGAAAGUACGAGUUGGGUUCCUUUGCCAAAAUUUGGAUUUGGUUUUGCAAUCUAUCCCUUUACUCCUGGUUCACGAAAUAAUUCUUCGGAUUCAACAAAAGAUGAACCAGUAUCUGAUGGUGUUACUGUUUCUGAUGCUACAUCAAUUUCUUCCUCUAAUUCAAUUUUAAAUUCAAAUUCUUCGAUUACCUCAUAUCAAGUUGCACUUGAAAUAGGUGAUGAGGUCUAUGUUUUUGAGCAGCAAGGAGCAUGGUAUCGUGGCUAUGUUGUUUCUCAAUUACGUCAAACUGAGGAACCGCAAGUUUAUGUUGGAAUUUUUCCUGUUAAUCAUGUUUAUAUUAAAGAACAUCUUGAUUAUAUUGAAGUACAGGCGGCUGAACUAAAAAGUAAUGACGCCGCUUCAUUGGAGAGUGAAAAAAAUACUCGUCCUCCUCCACCUUUACCAUCUCUUGAAUGUGGUGAUGAUACGGUCAGUGGGAAAACUGAACCAUUAGUUGAUGAAAUAGCUAGUACCGUGAGAGAAUGGAGUAGUUUGUUACCUAAAUAUUUGAGUGAACGAAAAUAUUCAAUGUUCAGAAAUGUUAAAGAUCAAAUAAAUGAUUUAUUACAAGGACGUAGGCAAUUACUUGCUCAAACUCUAUCUCAAGAUGAAUUAAGUAAAUUGAGAAAAGAACUAAUUAAUAAGCUUGUUGUUGGUAACUUGAUUCAAGAGUUAGAUAUUAUUGCUAAAUCUGAUUCAUUACUAAUGAGUCCUACCAUAACGAGUCCUUUACAAUCUUUACAUAAUCCCACGCCAACUGACUCAACUAGUCAUACACCAAAGUUUUAUCACGUUUUUUUGGAUUUAAAAGCUUGGGUUGCAUCAAUAUGUUCUCCUGGUGAAUUCACCGAACUUUAUUUUUCUUUAUAUACAAAAGUUGAUUCACGAUUUAUAACAGAAGAAUAUCUUAUUGUGCUUAAUCAUAAUGGUGUACCAAAAGACGAAUCCAAGAUUGGAAAAAUUAGGACCCUUUUUACUGAUCUUUCUCCUCAUGAUAUUCAAGAUCAAGUUUAUUUACUUUGCAGAAUCGUAAGAACUGGAAGUAUGAAAAUGAUUGAUAAAGAUGUGUCCAAAGAAUCCGGUGCAGUGACAUCAUUAUUUUCAAAGACUUCAAAAGAUUCGGAUAAUACGGAUCAAAUUUCACUACAUUCUAAUGCGAAAUUCUCACCGCAGACAUUUCGUCGACCUUUUGGCUGUGCAGUUCUCGAUAUUAGUCAUCUUCUUCAAGGGAAAGAAAAAGAAACUUUUAGUGAACAUGUAAUGCAAAUAUAUGUUCCUAUCCAAGAAUCGACAUUUGCUAGUCUUCAUGAAGAUAUAAUUCAUCAUCGUUACAAAGAAUUUGAAAAAUCCCCAAGAGCUGAAAUGAUUAGUGUUUCUAUUCGUCCUUAUUACGGAGAGACCGCUACCAUCAUAAAAGAAAAUACUGCAUUACUUCAAGAUAUUCCUAUCACAUCACGUCUUGGUUUUGCCGAUGUUGUGUUCCCUGGGGAUAUGCGGAACGAAAUUUACCUUAGGUUUGUGUCAGGUGAUUUUACCCAAGGACGAGCUGCUACUUCAAGAAAUAUACAAAUCACUGCGGAAGUUAAAUUAGACACAGGUGAAACGUUAGAAAAUGCAAUCUCUCAAGGUUCUGGUGAACCUAAAGUAACAUAUUUUGAUUCUCUUGUUUUCUACCAUUCCAAUAAUCCUAUGUGGGGUGAAUUGAUUAAAGUGACUAUUCCUGUAGAGCAAUUUGAACGUGCGCAUAUAUUUAUGACUUUUCGUCAUCGUUCUACAAAAGAUAAAAAGGAAGAUAAGAUUUUUGCUUUUGCUUAUGUACCUUUGUUUCAAGAAAACAAAGCAUUCAUAAGUGAUGGAAAACAUAAUGUUGUUUUAUAUAAGUAUGAUAGGCAACUGAUAACCCCAUUAAUAUAUUUAAAUGCACCAUGGUCACCUUCUGCUACUGCUUCAGAUAGCGCUUCAGUGCAUUCGAUCUCAAAUUCCCAUUCAACGCAUAAAUUGUCAACUUCUUCCAAAGAUGUUGUUACGAUUAAGACAUUUUUAUGUUCGACAAAGUACACACAAAAUGAAGUUCUUCUCAAAUUAUUGAAUUGGGAAAAGCAAUUAGUAUCAGAUAGGAGUGAAAUGAUGUCGGUCUUGAAAAAAUUCACUUUUGUUGGAGAAGUUGAAAUAGUGAAGUUUCUUCAGGAUAUUUUCGACGCACUAUUUGGAAUUUUAAUUUCAUCAAUAAAUCAGCAAGGCGAACUUGAUGACUUGAUAUUUAAUGCUUUAGUAACUAUCCUUGGAAUUGUAUCUGAUAGAAGGUUUAUGAACUUCAGGCCUGUGCUUGAUGUAUAUAUUGAGAAACAUUUCUCUUGUGCAGCUGCUUCAUCGAGUUUAAUUCGUUCAAUGAAUCGACUUGUUUCUGAUCCUACAACUCCAGAGAAUGCUCAAAAUUUACGAUCAGCCAUAAAAGUGUGGCAAUAUAUUUUUAAAAUAAUAAUACGGUCUAGAGAAUUACAACGAACAAAGGAGGUAAAUAUGGGAUUAUCAGGCGACUAUGUUGAAAAACAGUUUAAAGAAGGAUUAUAUGACCUUUUUAAAAGCAUAGAUAAACUUAUGUCCAUCACAACUCCACAGUCAAUAAUUGGCACACAAACAUUAGCUUUACAACAUUUUGCUUCUAUAUUUACGGAUAUUGGAAAAUGUUUCGAUCCCGAAGAUCUCGCACAAAUAGCUAUUCGUUUCACUGAGUCUGUGAGAUUGCCAAAAGGAAAACUCUUGGCAUAUAAACUAUUGGUUAUUCUUCAAUUUUGUCGUGGUCCUUUGUUCGAAAAUGCAAAAUCUCGUGCGAUACUUUUGCGUAGAGUCGUAGAAUGGGUUACAGAUCAUAUGGGUAAAUGGGAAAAAACGGGAAAAACAAAUGAAGAUAGUGAAGCUGCGCGAAUGCAAUGGCAAGAUGGAAUUCGAUUAUGUGUUGCCAUUGUUGCGGUUAUGUUAGAAAGCUUACAAUGCUCUAUUGAGAGAAGCAAAGAAAACGAAAGCAUACAGAAAGAAAUUGAAAACGUGCGUGUGAUUCUCCCUUUAAUGAUGAAACUUUGUGAAUCAUAUAGAGAGUUGUAUUUCACUAGUAAUGAAUCUCGCCCAUCAAGAGAGAGAUCUGGAAGUGGAAUAAUAGUCUCACCAGCCAUAUUUAACUUAGCAUAUCCAUUUUCUAGUGUAAAUCCGACUUCUGCAAGUGGUUCAAACAAAUAUUCAAAAGAUGGUUUAUUUAGUCCAUUACAUAAUCCACAAAACACAAUUUAUACUGGGUUAGGAGAAAUAGCCGCAGUGAUACUGCAGAUUAUGUAUCUAUUAUCACAAGAUCACUUGAAAGAGCACCUGCUCUCAACAUAUUAUAGGGAAGGUCAUGAUGCCACUGCAGAAUUUUUAGUCUUAUUAUUCCAAGUUUGUAGAUCAGUUUUAUUAAACGAAGCUUUCCCGGAAUCUUGGUUGAAUAUGAAUAUAAUGGCUCAUAAAGUAUUUUUAAAAUUUCUCGAACCAAUAUCUUCUCUGUUGGAGAAGAAUUAUAUUCCAGACAAAGACGCACCUGAUACAUUCAAUGAACAACUGUGGAGAGAAUAUUUCAAUUGCUUAUUAAGUUUACUUACCAGUAAACACUUAGUAAUUGAAAAUUUUACCCCACAGAAACGUCGUGCAAUAUGGAGACUAGCUAGAGACCUUCGUGGACAAGGAGCCAAAUUAUUAUCAACUCUAUGGGAUGCCAUAGGAUGGGAACAUGGAACAGAGGGUAAAAUGGGUGGCUAUCAAAGUCGAUUCAUUAAUACUUUAAUUGGUCCGGUUUUGGAAUUAUGUUUAUCUCAUCAUGAUGAGUUACGUUCUGCUGCAAUCAAAGUGUUAUUCAGUAUGAUUGUUACACAAUAUUCGUUAGACGAAGAUUUCAAACAAAUGGAAUCGGAUAUAAUUGACAUUCUAGAUAAAUUAUUCAUGUCAGAAAAUAAAGGCGAUGAGAUCUCUCAUACAUAUUUUAUUGCACAAUUACGAAAAUUAUUUGAAGAGGCAUCAGUUGAUACUUCAUUACGAGAAACUGUCAUGAAAUUUUUAGACUCUCUUAGUGAAUUUUUGGAAUUAUUACUCGGUGUCCGUGAAUUACCUGAUGGUGAAGAAUUCCAAGAUGAUCGAAUAAUGUGUACACUCAAAUUGAUGAAAUUUAUAAAGUCCAUUGACCGAGAUCAAAUUUAUAUCAAGUAUGUGCAUCAACUUAUUCAGAUGCAAGUUAAUUAUCACAACUUUGUAGAGGCUGCCUUAACUCUCAAGUUACAUUCAAAUUUAUAUGAUUGGGAUCCCACUCAUGAGAUAGAAGCAUUGCCUGAUCUGAACUUUCCAAAGCAAACGCCAUUUGAUCGAAAGGAGCGACUAUAUAUUCAAAUUUUGGAUUAUUUCGUUAAAGGUAAAGCAUGGGAAUGUGGGAUUGAACUAUGUAAGGAAUUGGCUCAUCAAUUUGAAUAUACUACGUAUGACUUUCAACGUUUAAGUAAUAUUCUUAAACAACAAGCUGUAUUGCACGAGAAUAUUAUAAAGAAAGAGCGGUAUUUUAGCGAAUAUUUCCGUGUCGGGUUUUAUGGUAGAGGAUUCCCUGCGAGUCUAAAAAAUCGGCAGUUCAUUUAUCGAGGAUAUGAAUGGGAAAAAAUUGGAGCAUUUUGUGAAAGAAUGCUAAAUAAGCAUCCUCAAGCUCAACUAUUGAAAUCUAAUAGUACACCAACUGAUGAAAUUCUUCAUGGAGAUGGACAGUUUUUACAAGUGACUGCAGUGGUGCCGGAGCCUGAUAGAACUGCACCCGUUUUCAAAGAAAAUGUACCAUCAGCUAUUCGUUCAUAUUACGAACACAAUUCAAUAAAUACUUUUAGUUUUUCACGACCUGUUAACAAAAAUCCAGAUGGUGUGAAAUCAGCAAAUGAAUUCUUAGACUUGUGGACCGAAAAAACUAUAUUGGUCUCUGAGGAUCAUUUUCCCACAGUACUUCGACGUUCAGAAGUCGUUCAAGUCACCGUAAUUGAAGUGUCACCGAUCGAAAAUGCUGUUGCUGCCAUGAAAGCUAAAAAUCGGGAAUUGAUAACUCUUGAAGCAAAAUAUAAUGCAUAUCUCACUUCAGCAAAAGCUGUAGAUAAAAUCAAUACUAAUCCUUUAUCAAUGUCUUUAAAUGGUGCUGUGGAUGCACCUGUUAAUGGUGGUGUGCCAAUGUACAAAAAGGCAUUUUUCGGUUCAGAAUUUUUAGAAUCAAAUCUGGAUAAGGAACCAUUUGUAAAUAGCUUAAAGGAAGCAAUUGAAGAACAGGUCUUUAUUAUUGACAGAUGUUUAGAUAUUCAUGAACGUCUUAUUUCCAUGGAUAUGCGCCCUUUUCACGAUACUCUAGUCAAAUUCUUUCAUAGGAAUUUCGCAGAGGAGAUAUAUAGAUUAUCCGAACGUAAAAAAGCGAAGGCUCAAUCAGCGUCCAAGAUGACUAUACAACCUAAUAUAAAUACACCUGUUGCAAUAACUCCAACAACGCCAUUUCCCCUUCCUCCAUUAAAUACUAAUAGAUUAAGUAAAGCAUUUCGUGUCCCUUCACUUUAUGGAACAGCAUCACUUAAUACCGAACAAUUAUCACCAGUUUCACCGACAUCACCUGCAAAUUCAUCAAUAAUGAACCGAGUAGUAACGACAAGUUUUAAUUCUUCAAGGGGCUCAAUAAGUACACAAGGCACUUUAACUAGCCCUACUUCAUAUACUAAACGAAUACUAGUAGAAGGGGGCAAUGGAAUUAACGCUAUUCCAAUAAGUCCUGAUGGAGAUACUAUUACAGAAAUUCCAAUUAUUAAAAAAAGUAAUACUUUAAAAGAACGCAACUCUUCAAGAGAAAGAAGAGAAAGGAAAUUAACUUUAAGAGGAUGGUCAUUGAAUCGUAAUCGAAGUACGACACAAUAA